GAUUAUGGGCAGGCUGGUUUGAUUUUUAUCCUGGUCAGAAGGCAGUGGAGUGCCCACCCGGAUUGCGGGUGUAAACAUGGAGCACGUUUGUUAGCAGUGGCAUGCUUCAGACCAAGGCUUUCUCCAGAAUCCUGCAACACGUCACAGCAACUCGCGUCAUCACAGCUCUGCGCCCUCCUCCUAACUGAGAGACACUCCACAGAGUACAACCCCAGUAGGUCGUGCAAGACGCCCUGGCAGAUUCAUAACAUCAAUGUUUUUGUAUUAAUACAGUUAAAAAACAAUAAAAUAUUCAAAUAAAGCGUUUGUUUUUGAAAAUCUAUUCUUGUGUCUCGUGUGAAAAAAUACGCUUUUGUUUGUCUGUCUACAGAUUUCAAAAGCGGUAGAAAAAACCUUUUUAAUUUGUGCAUCAUUAAAGACCAAAAUAAUUGUAAAUAACGGUAUACACAAUGGAAAAUACAAAACACAAAAUGACGCAUUUCUGUGCUGCGCCCUCCACCGUCAGUAACACAUCAGUGUUUUAUAAACUCCAUUGGAACCGGAGUGGACGUGGGUACAAUUGCCAUGACGACCGCAGCACGCCAGGAGCACCUGUUGCUCGGCAACCAUCUGUAAACUACCGCAGGUGCGCCGGACCGCAGAGAGAGAGAAUGAGACUGGACGUGGGUAUCCAGAACCCAAGUGAAAUGCGAAGACCGGAGUGGCGUGCCUUCGCUUUGCUUUGAAUUCAUUUCGAUAAGUGUUAGUUUUAGCAGGAGCUGCGCUGCGUAGAAUGACGCUAUACAACAAAGUACCGUAAUUUGUAUAAUUUGUUUCUCACAUGAAGCAAUGUCGGCACUUUCGUCAUUCGCGGAUACACCUACAGCGCAGCCCAGCGAGGAGGACAGGUUAUCUCUGGCUUUCUUAAAAGACAGGAGCACCGAAAAGGCGUUGCUUUGGUGCACGGAGUACCUGAAUGAGGAGGGUCACGGCUCUCUGCUCCCAAUGACCAGGAAGGUCAUGCUGCAGAUCUGCAGUGACCCCACGUUGACCCUGGAUUACCUUCCGACCCUCGGGCUCCCAGAAUUCACCAGGAGUGCGACGGAGCUGGCGCUGGGCCGAGACAGUCCAGCCAUCCGGGAAAACAGGGCGGGAGGAGUGCAGACAUUGGGCGGGACCGGUGCAAUACGUCUAGGGGCGGAGCUGCUGCAGCGCUGGUACAAUGUGGGCGGGGCCAGGUGUGGACCGGUCUACCUCUCCUCUCCCAGCGGGGGAUCCGUGGCAGCUACACUGCAGGGGGCUGGGAUCAGCGAUAUCCGCUCCUAUCGAUACUGGGACCCUGACAAGAAGGGCUUCUCUGUGGAGCCCCUACUGGAGGACCUAGAGGUCGCUCCGGAGCAGUCUGUGAUCGUGCUCUAUGCCUCGGCUCACUGUCCCACUGGGGCUGAACCCUCCCACGCUGACUGGAAGCAGAUUGCCGAGGUCAUGAUGAGGCGCCGGCUCUUCCCCUUCUUCCUGCUCCCCUCUCAGGGUCUGUGUUGGGGAGACCCUGCACAGGAUGCCUGGUCUCUGCGCUACUUUGUCUCGCUCGGGUUCGAGCUGCUCUGCGCGCAGUCAUUCUCCACAAACUUCGGGCUGUACAGUGAUCGUGUGGGAAGCCUCUUAUUGGUCCUGAAGCACAGCUCUCUUCUCCUGGCCGUCCAAUCCCAGGCCGCGUCUCUGGUGCACUCUCUGUGGUCACGCCCACCCGGAGGAGGAGCCAGGCUGGUUACCAUGGUGCUCAAUAACCCCGCCCUUCUGGCAGAGUGGAAGGAGGGAUUGAGGGUGAUGGUGGAGCGAGGGAUGCUGAUCAGAGAGAAACUGAAAGAGAGGCUGAGGAUGCUGGGAAUUCCUGAGUUCUGGGAUCACGUGACCCAGCAGCGAGGACUGUACUGCUGCACAGGGCUGACCGGGGAGCAGGUGCAGUUCUUGGUCAUGAGGUGUCACGUUUACCUGCCGGCCAGCGGGUGCGUGAACGUCACGGCGAUUAGCGGCCGCACGCUGGACCACGUGGCCGAAUCCAUUUACCUGGCCGUGACCUCUGACCUGCAAGAAUACUGACCCCCGGAGACCCCCUAAUCCCACCCCCCUCUCCAAACCCGGACUCGCCCCUCCGAGGUUUGAAACCCCCUUUCACUCCCAGCGCAACCUUUCUGAAAUCUUCCUGGGGUAGAUAUCAUGGUAAGCGUUGCCAGAGGUAUGGCAAAGCAUGAUAAAUAAAUACAUAGAUUAUAGUGAAUGCAUUGUAUUAGGGAUGGAUAAAGCGAGCUUCACAGUUAAGGAGAUUAAACCUCUCUCUAGACUGUCAUAGGUAGCUUUGAGAUUUACAGUGGAAACUUUUUGGUUUGUUUGUCUUAUUAAAAUGGAUUAAUCAAGACGGAAAGCAGCUGUCUGGCCAAAAGCACAUGUGCCUGGCUGUUGGCAGUGAAUUGCUGAGCUGUCCAACGCGUGCAUGGCUCUUGAUCCAUACGGGGUUCAUUGCACUGCACAGUAUGGCUCGGAGGUGACGUCUCAAGGUUAAUGUGUGAUUUUAAAAAACAAGACAAAAUAAGGUGCAGCCAAAAUGCAACAAAAUUAAACAUGUUCCGCACACAAAUAGUGAAGUAGGCGGGGAACAAAAAACAAACUUCUAGCAGUAACCUAAACCUAUUUAAAUUAUUCAGCUUUUAUAUUUCAUUCCAUCUGCACUUCGCUUGUUUUUACCCUGUAAAAUUGCAUAGCUCUGAUUUAAUCGCAUUCAUUUUUUUUUUUUUUUUUGGUACUGCAGUAUCGAUCUGUUAUCUGCGCUUUAAUGCAACAGAGGGCUGAAGGGUCAGUUACUGGGAGUUUAUAGGUUUCCACACCAUCAUGGAAGUACUGUUUGAUUUCAGGAAAUGCUGUUACUUUUAGCUGUACUUGCUGUAGUACCGGAUAUGUCCACAUGAUGGUGCUAAAAACAAAAAAAAAACAGUUGAUGUAUUUAUUGAUUGUAUACAUAA